UUGGCCCUAUCGUCCGUUGCAGCGUCCCGGUUGGGUAAUGCGGGUGUGGCUGUUUUGCGGGGUUUCAUCGGGAAAAAUUAAGAACAAGUAUGUUCUCGGACACUACUUGUGAUCAUCUGAGAUGGUUUGAUGCAUUUACCACUUCUCUAGCCCUUAAAUACACACGCUGACCCGAUGCGACUGAGUGACACACUAAAUCAGCCAGUUACCCCUGUUCGAAUGGCCUUGGUUCGAACUCCGCCCAAUGGAUCCGAUAUUCACAUCUCUCGGUCAUGGAACACAACUACCCUCAUUACUAACACCAGUACAACGGGUGCCCCAGUACCACGGAAUUAUGGAGUGGGCUCGAUUGCCAAAUCACCACUCGACUCGCGUGAACUCUCCUUGCGUGGUAAUUUGUUUACCACUACAACAACGAAGCGGCCAUCCGGCUUGGAGGUGGAUGGUGCGGGUGCUCGGGUCAUCAUUGAGAUCUCUACACCACCUAGUCCUAACAGCCACCCUGGUGCCGAAGAAGCGCUGCUUAAUCGUUCUUCUGUUCUCUUUGUGGCCGUAUCCUUCGUUCUUCUCAUGGUUAUCAGCUUGGCUUGGUUGGUCUUUUACUAUGUGCAGCGUUUCCGAUAUCUCCACAGCAAAGAACGCGUGUCACGUCGUUUGGCUGAACUUGCAAAAAAGGCAGUCGCGCGAAUUCCAGUGAAGACAUUACAUCCAGGCGAUAAGGAAACUCUUUCCGAUAUGGACCAGUGCGCCAUAUGCAUCGAACCUUAUCGUCCAAUGGAUCAGCUUCGCAUAUUACCUUGCAGGCACUACUUUCAUAAAUUGUGUAUCGAUCCUUGGCUGUUGGAGCAGAGGAGUUGCCCAAUGUGCAAACUGGACAUUUUGCAGGCCUAUGGAUUACGAACUGAUUUUUAUUUCAAUCUACCCGGGGCGGAGUCCGCCGGAGGACCCGGUCAUGUUAGCCUGUUGGGAACAAUACGUUCUGGAUUCGCAUCCGCCUCGGGAUCUGAUGAUGGAAUGGAACGGAUAGCACUUGUGCAUAGCAGUUCGCUCACCACUGGUCCCGCUCCCUCGCUUGCCUACGUUGUUUUGAGUGCCACGUCCACUUGUUUACCACCACUGAACGUCCCGAACACAAAUGAGUCAGUGUCGGAUGUUUCUGGCCGUUAUUAUACCCAAAGCUCUACCUCGGACUUACGUGUGCAGCCACCACUGAUACAGCAGCAUUUUGUUGGGCCUAUCACACCGCUGGGCAACCAGGUUGUGGUCCCUGUGCUCCCCUCACUUGCUGCAAUAACUCCGCAAGUUGGUCCAGAAAGUACGGCCGGAUUUUUCGUUUGGAACAGGGAUAUAUGUGCUGCUGCCGCCUUAGGAGUCACCGAGACCACAGCCGUGAAUAUCUCUGGGGAACCGCAUACAAUCGAAUGUAGCAUACCAACUUUGUUCGAUGGCAGCCUCGUACCAGGUCAACGUUGUGCGGGCACCUUCACACUACGGCAUUCCACCAACAGUGCACAGUGGCCGGUUGGUAUUAUAGCAGCUAGUUCCGGGACUAAAGUACCGGAGGUUACUUCGACAACUCAAGCAUUUACAGGCCCCGUCUGUUCUGUCAUUAUGGAAUGCGAGGGAGACGAUUUCCCUGCUGUAGACAGUUCCACAGCAUCGGCUUCUUUUGAGGACCGAGGGAUUCAAGAUAAACUGGCAGCUCCACGCAUAACAAUGGAGGAAGUAAGCCCACAUUCGUUGGAUAGUUUUAGUUCGGUGUAUGGUGUCCCAUCAGGUGUUCGAAACGACGGUGAUAUGGAUCACCAAGUGCUUACUACAGUGGAAGGUUCGGUGCCCGGUUGCUCCACGCAUGCGUUCGUUCAGAGAACUGACAAUCGACAUCCUCGUAAAAGUAGUUCAAGAUACUUCAAUCCACGGUCCAGAAUGAGACUUCCAGUGGUCAUGUCGGGUAUAAAUCGUUUGCCGUGGGCAUCUUGGUUGACAGCUCCUUGGCUUCGCUUCCGGUCGGGUCGUUCAAUACAUCGUCGUAAUUCUUCAUCACCGGCUCCUUAUGUAUUCCGACCUACUAUCCAAACAGGCAGUCCCGCCAUUCCAUCUGACCCGCUGCUAGUGCAACCGGAACCACAUGAGUUCACGUCCACUCUACAAGGGUCGGUCAGUUUCCAUUCAGUGCCCCAAAACACCGCUCAGUCUCAGCGUACUAGCUCCGAGCGAGUUGUGGUCGCUGUUGUUGAGACAGUACCUGAUCGGCUACAAACCAGCAGUUCAAAUGACUCGGAUUCCAGUGGGACAGAUAGUGCAGGUGAUAAUCGAGCUGCCUCAUCCGGUGGCUCCGGUAGUCCACUCCCGGAUGAGUGUUGCACUACACUUUCAUGAUUUUAGCCUGUCAGAUCAACCAAAGUAGGUAUUUCGUACCUACUUCAAACCUACGUACUUCGUUUCUUCCCGUCUGUACAUUCGCUCACACCGUCAGAAUCAGAAUGUCAUACUUUCAUGUCACCCCAAUCGUGAUGACAAUGUCCAAACUUUAUUGCUGUUUGUCAUUGUAUCAUAGAAUCUUCAGGAUCCACUAUCUAUUCUCCCUCAUUUCACUCUGACUCACUUCAUUUGUACUAGUUUACAUAAUGCCUGCUUCCACCGGUUCAUGUUUUCAAAGGAGCUGACUGGCCGACACCUUUGAUUGAUACUAGCUUUCUAGCUUCAUUGGUAGUUCAACUUUCGUCUUCUUCAAUUACUGUACUCUCCACUCAGUCGCCCACUCUAUGCAUCGUUCAAAUUAAUAUGCUUUUUAUUGACGACGUUUUUCAUUCAUUUUCUAUUGUCUUAGAUAUUCUAUCCCCUCCCUCUCUGUUUUCCCGUGGUUACGGUUCUUUCGUUCAUGUACUAUUCCCUGGAUGUUUGUCAUUCAUCCCGGACCUAGCUCCCCCUCCUUCAUUUCUUUUUGGUGGUGUAGUUUUCUUCCAAUUUCCCUCGUGGCAUUUCGGCACUGAAACUAUCCACCCAUUUACAAGUUCCUCGUGUUUACAUCCUUUUAUUCAUGGACGAUCAUGGAUUGCCAACCGUCCGAAAGAUAUGUAUGUACUUUCGUAAUAGCAUAAUACUU